ACCCUAGCGAUCCUCUCCCUCAGCCCCAGCCCUAAGAUCAAACCUCGCCGCCUCGUGCUCCAACCCCAGCGAUCUUCUCCCUCAGCACCUCCUUCGGCGUUACCGUUGCCGGCGAAGCCACAGCCGGCGCCGACGACGACAUCCCUAUUAGACCCUUGCUCAUCUCAUGGUCACUGCCGCCUCGCCAAGCUCUCCAUUCUUCUCCUCCGUCUUGGAUCCUCUCGAGCGGUUGUCGGCAUGCCGAAGCACUAACGCCCUCCAGGGAAAAAGAAGGAGGGGAACGCGGCCUGGUACAUCACCAGGACCAAGGCUGUUCAUUACCUCCAGACUAGUCUCUCCAGCUUCAGGAAGCUAUGUAUUCUCAAGGGGAUAUUCCCUCGAGAGCCCAAGAAGAAGGUCGAGGGAAACCACAAGACCUAUUAUCAUAUGAAAGAUAUCACCUUCCUGGCUCAUAACCCCCUGAUUGAAAAGUUCAGGGAUAUAAGGGCCCAUAAGAGAAAGAUCAAGAAAGCUUUGGCGAAGAAGAAUAGAGAUCAAGCAAAUCGGUUGUUGAACCAAUAGCCAAAAUACAAGCUUGAUAUACUUAUCCUAGAGAGGUUUGUUACUUCCUAAGCAGUAAAACUAUGCAUUUGAUAUCAAAGGUUAACACCUUUUUCAUGGACUCUAGAUCAUCUAUUAGACAGGGUGUGCUUGCCAAGAGGAGGACUCACUUCCAAGGAAAUCAGUUUCCCAUCACUGCUAAUGCAGCAAACAGGGCAGCUGCUUAUUCCACCAGCAACAGGAUGGUUAAUUGGAACAAGCCAAGGGAAGCAGGCACUUCAUUUAGGAGAAAUGAUGGUGAAAAAAGCUUUGCUGGAAAGGUAGUCCAUUGUAUUCCAUUUGUUAAACAUGAGGAAUUUGACAAAGCACUAGUAGAUAAAUGCAGUCAAGGGGUGAAUGAGAAUUCUAUUAACCAAGACGAAUUAUGGAAUGAGGUAGCCAUUGGGAGUCAUAACAGAGUGAUAAUAUACAUGGUUUACGUUUAGAGUUUUGUGGAUUUAUGUAGAUUGGGCCUUAUUAUUGUCAUGCUAUGAGUGUAAUAACAAUUUUACUUAUUUUACAAAUAUGGCAAUAUAUAU